AAUACACGACGCACAGCUACUAGCCCUAUUCGUUCCUUGCAUUCUCCGCAGCCACAACACAGGGCCAGCCUCGUGCUCCGCCGCCACGCCCGCCCCGUGAGAGUGGCCGCUCCGAGGAAGAAGAGGACGACGGAAUAUGAUGCGGACGUUGCAAACGACGAUCUCCGCCUCCCUCAAGGCUCUCAUUUCUCCGCAGAACCACCAGUUCCUCCGGAGAUGCCCCGUCAGCGGGACCGCUAAGGGCAAGGCCAAGCUCAAGGCCGGACAGCCCCUCAAGCGCUCCACCAUCCGCACCAAGAAGGCCUCCGGCAGCGGCGGGGAUGCGCCCCGCGGAGGUCGCUCCCGCAACGAGGCCAUCGAGCGCCUCAAACGCACGGCGGACUCCUGCCUCAACGCCCCCACCCCUAUCCGCUACCUGAGCGCCAAGGACCGCCGCCGGGAAGCCGAACGCGAGAAGCUCGGUCUCAUCUCUAAGGAGCGCCAGCGCGAGAUCGACCAGGCCAAGGCCCGCGCCAAGUCCGGCAAGACUGGCCCCGAGGAGGAGCCUGUGAUCAUGGGCACACCGGGGCUUGAUUACAUUUCCCUUGGUCUCGUCGAUAAAGAGGCCAUCCCCAAGUACGAGCUCACCGUGGAGGAUGGCAGUCGGCUCGCCAAGGAGUACAGUCGGUUCCUGAUGCGAAAGCACAGAGCGAGGCAAGCUGCGGAGACAGCACUCUUAAAACUUAAGAAGGAGGCGAUCGCUGCUCUACCGGACCACCUCCGCGCGGCCGCAAUGGUCCCGGAUUUCACCCCGUUCCCGGCAAAUCGCUUCAUGGCGACGCUGACGCCACCUAUUGAGGGAUACACUGAGAAGCUUAAGGAGGAUGCCAAGAAAUAUGCAGUCAAGGGCAAGCAGCGUUGACCGAUCUCUCAGAAUACAAGUUGAAGGAUGAAGACGGAAGGUGCAAGACUUACAUGAGGUUGAUACUUUUAGGUAACUUUCCAAGGGUUCAGCGGAGUUAUGGAUCUUCGGAUUAGAAAGUAAAGUAGCAUGACAGAAUAUGGUUUCCUUUGUUGGCAUCGAACUACUACUUUCAAAUUCAUUCCAAGUGUGUGUAUCUGAAUCGGGAGAAGAGAAAAGAAUAGGAAAUGAUUGGAACUGCUUGCAUCACAUGAAUUCUCAUAAAGCUUCCACUCAGGUAAUGCACUUGAAUAAUAGCUUCCUUUUUUCUUUA